AUCAGGGAUUAUUGUCCACAAUCUCAACACACCUUAUCAUCAGCUUCACCUCGAACACACGAGGUUCCAUCAUCUCAAGUCAUGUCAAACCUACCCAGCUCCCUUGGAACUCGCCAAAGGUCUUUCCUCCGAACCAUCUGCGCUCGACCAAGUUUCUACAGCCGUGCAUCCUCACCACAAAAUUACAACGAGGACGCCAUAACUCCGUGCCCGGUCGAAUCAUCUCACGACGACGAGGAGCACACGUCGCUUUCCAGAUCAUCCUCCUCCAGCUCACUGCGAAGCACGAGAUCCCUGCGCUCCAGCAUCGAAGACAUGAGGGACUACAACGACAUCGACACCCAGCUCCUCUGGCGGCGCAUGCUUGCCAUUCAACGCACCUUUGGCUGCUACAACUCGACACGCAUGAACAUUGCCAUUGAGAUUGGCGAGCAGAACGCUUCUGUCCCGUCACGAGUAUGUCUGGAUUUGCUGAAUGAUAGCAUUGAUACACUUCCCAACGAUAUCAAGCAGCGAAUCGAAGACUUCCUCGCAUGCGAAGACGUCUCUAGGUCAUCGUCAUCUUGCAGCAGGAGGAAGUGGAGUUGGAGGCAUCUUUUGCAUGCUUGAUUAUCAUUCGGUGGAACCAACUAGGGCUGGACCCAAGAUUGUUUUGGGGUCUGUUGUUCAUCCCUUUGUUGAGAAUGACUGGGUCGCUUGGUUGCUCGGUCGGGCUUUUCUUUUUCCUCCUUUCAUGAUAUAUACCCCUUUUAGAGAUACGCGGGAUGCACGGGAAUGGCGCAAAACG